CAGGUUCCUCCCGGGCUCUUGCCCGGUCCUGCUGACAUGGAUCUCUUUCUUUGUAGUUUGCUUCCAUUUCUGGUGCUAGCAGUCCCUCACGAUGCGCGAGUUCACGUGCACCAUGACGGCGGCAUCACGUCCACCCACAGGCAUGCCCCGCACAAGCUCGAGGAGGUCCAAGCUCUAGCGGAGGCAAUUUUCAAGGAGCACAGACAUCCCCAGCACAGGUCCCACCACAGUUGGGCCAGGAUACGUCACAGGAAGACUAGCAAAACGCCCAAGAUGCAUCAGAUUUUCUUGGAGAAAAUGGCGGAACUCAACCGAGUGACGGAUUCUUCCAGAGUAGACACAGCUGCCACUGAUGCAGCCGACCCGUCCCUGUCACAAAAGAAAGCAGCAGCGCUGGCAGCGGGGAGAACCGCAGCAGAAGAAGCGAAAUCCGCUGCAAAGGCUUUGGACGAAGUGUCCAUGGCAGCAGGGGAUGCAGCCUUUGAGUCUGCGUCAUCUGCUGGUUUGCAAGAGCUGAUGGCUGCCAACCUGGCGGCCGAGAGUGCCGGGCUGGCUGUGAGCCUGAUGAACGAGUUGUCAAACCUGACUGUGGCGGCUGCACAUGCCGCAACAGCUGCUGCCAUGAAGCAUGGCAUGCAACAGCAGCAAGCCAUUGGGGCUGGAGCCUCAGCAGCUGGGCGGGCUGCGUCCAGCAUGGUGUCUGAUGAUGCAGAUAUUGCUGGCACAGCAGCCACAGCUGCAGCUGCAGCUGCGGAGUUUGCCAACAGCAGUGGUCUUUCAACGGAGGAAAUUGCGACAGCCUCUGCUCGAGCUGCUGCAGUGGCCGCAGCUGAGCAUGCUUCGGCUGCAGGCAAGAGCAUCACUGAACUGCAGAACUUGGUGCGUCAAGCGGCAGUUGUUGCCUUUCAAACUGCCUCCAAACUGUAUGCCAUGCCAGAAACGACCACCAGACCUCCAACUCCUGCGGAGGAUGUCUUGUACUCGCCCGACCAGGUGUCGGCAGCCAUUCAAGCUAUCAAAGAUCUGACGCAGACGGCAGGUGAAGAGCACGUGGGUUUCAUUCCAAAGGACAAUUUGAGCAGCAUCAUCGCGCAGAACAAAUCCAUCAAGCCUGUGGUGGGUCCUCCUGGAGCUUUGGUCAGCAGUAUCUAUGGUGAACCUGGCCCUAUGGGAGCUCGCGGGCCCACCGGUCCAGCAGGCCCUACAGGUCCCCAAGGUCCCCCCGGAGCUGCAGCCCGGGGACCACCUGGAGAGCUGGGACCAGAUGGUCCACAUGGCCCCACUGGGCCGCAUGGAAAUCCAGGGCAACGAGGCAUUCCUGGUCCUGAGGGUCCGGUUGGGGACCCACCUGCAGAGACCAAGGUUUGGAACAAUAUCUUGGAUUACUACAAAGAAGUCCUGAAAAACAUGUCCUCCACAAAUGGAAGGAGGGCAAGGGCCGUGAACAAGGAUCUCUCCUUGAUGAACCAGCAGGCCGCUUUGUUCCAAGCCCGGCACAAUGGCAUCCGAAGCGGAGCAAUGGGUUUGCAUGCUUAUUUGUUGCGCUCCUUUUCUCGCGUGGCAUCUUCAUUGUCUCAAGCAGCUCGUUUAGAUGAAAGCGUCUCUGAGAUGGCCUCGCACCCAACAUCAAGGCAGGGCCUGCGGGAUGCCGAACGCUUGCUGCCGGUGGUGCAAGCACAACACAAUGUCAUCCAGCAGACCGAAAUCGCUUCGUCACAUGGCUUCAAGCCGUCCUCUCUUGUGGAGAAAGGACAUGCCGACCUGGCCAAAGUAUCUAUGGUGUUGAGCCUUUGGUGGCUCUUGCGGUGCUUCUAAGCUGGAGUCGUACUGAGAGACACUUGAAGCUGGACAUAUUCAUAAAUUCAUACACGCUUGUUGCACUUUGACCUUGACAAAUAGCUGAACUCCGAAAAAGAUCUCCAUCGG